AUGCCGUCGGUGAAUUGGAGAGAAGUGGCUGACAACUGGUUUGGGGCUUGUUGUUGCUCUUUUGGAGGAAUAAGUGAGAAGAUGGUGAUGAGGUAUGUCAGUUCGUAUACGUGCAUGCCGGGGGUCUGUCUAUUAACUUCUGCUUCUGUCACUCUUUGCAAGGAUGAUCUGGUGGAAUAUAAUUUUCCUGAAGGGUGUGGAGAGCAAGAGUGUACUUCUGUAGCGGAAAAUCCCAGAGAUGAUAGUGUUAGUGAAGGCGCAAGAAACUGUGACUUGAAUGAUGAAAGGAGUUCAACUUACAGUGAUGAUGGUGGAAUGGCCCUUGCUUUUGAUAGCAAUUCUAGGUUUGUACACCCUGAGGAUGAGAAGCUUUAUAUGAAUUUGAGAUGUGAAGUUGCAAAGAGUAAACUUGAUUGUGGUCAUUUCUCUGAUUACCAUCCAGAUUCAAAUGGCACCCAAGAUGUCACGGAAACUCCUAGUUGUUGUGCUCAUAUGACAAACAAUCUUGGGGAUGAAGACAGUGGGCAUCAUUCAUGUGGAACUGCUAGAAAGGAACGGAUGCCAACAGAGACCAUGGAAAUUCUGGGAAAUCAGAAGUCUUUACUCAACGGUUUUCUUGAAGAUAUUUUCAUGGCUAGAUUAUCAAAUCUUACAAAGGAUAUUGAUUGGCGUGAAUUUACAUGCCCUCAAUGCAUGUCUCUCAUUGGAGCCUACCCAUGUUUUGAGGGGCAUACACCUGUAGAUGGAGGAGUACGGUUGUUCAAGUGUUAUAUUUCAACAUGUUUGCCAGUUGGAGGAUCUGAGGACAUGUUCAGGUUAGCAUACACUGUCUUAAUAACUUCUCUAUCAGAAAGAAAAAGGUGCCAAGUUUUGUACCAUUAUAAGUCAGUUACAGCCGACUACAAGGAAAUGCCUCUGCUAAAACAUGUACGCUUCUAG